GCCAUGUUUCCGCUGCAUCAUUAUUCAACAAAAUUUCAACGUUUGUUUCAAUAACCACCCUAGCAGCUACUUUAAUAUGGAACAACAUUCCCAAAGUAAGGCGAAGAACAACUCCUCCAACACAAAUAUAAACUCUCAAGAGGUGAGCAGCAUUGAAUGGGAAUUCAUAGAGAUGAGCGAACAAGAAGAGGAUCUCAUUCGUAGGAUGUACUGCUUAGUUGGAGAUAGGUGGAAUUUGAUAGCAGGUCGUAUUCCAGGUCGUAAAGCAGAAGAAAUAGAGAGAUUCUGGAUUAUGAGACAUACUGAUGCUUUUUCUGCCAAAAGAAGUGAACGAAAAUCAAAUUAAAGGCUCAUGAUUUUAUAUAAACUUUGUGAUGGUUUUUUCAGAAUUAUUAAUUUGUAUUAAACCUCUCAACGUGUCACUUCUAUCCCUCACAGUAGCUAUAUUAAAAGAGUUUGUGUUUUACUAGCUAGUUUUGUCUUUUUUUUUUUUAAGCUAAAAAACAAUAGAUUAAUUGUUAGAUAAUAUUUUAUUGGGUUUUGUUGAUGUGUCUUUUAUAUUUCUAAAUUAUUAGUCUAGUUUUUAAUCUCUGUAUACCUCCUUUUUUUAUUCCUCUUUC